GAAAGCGAGAAAGCAAAACCCUAAUCACGCAAAUGCUCUCUCUCUCUCUCUCUCUAUAAAACGACGCCGAUCCUCUGCUCCCAACCGCACCCGCAAACCCUAACGCCACCUUAAACCACCCUAGCUCCUCUCCCCGCCCAACACUCUCGCUUCUUCCACCGUCACCAUCCUCCAUCUUCAUCCGUUCAGCUUUGAUUGCGACUGUGGAGAGCUUGUAAACGAUGUCGGACGAGGAAAGGGAGGAGAACGAGUUGGAUCUCACUUCCUCCGAGGUCGUCACCAAGUACAAGAGCGCCUCGGAGAUUGUUAACAAGGCUUUGCAGCUGGUUAUCUCAGAAUGCAAGCCGAAAGCUAAGAUUGUCGACAUCUGCGAGAAAGGGGAUUCCUUCAUUAGAGAGCAAACAGGGAAUAUGUACAAGAAUGUAAAGAGGAAGAUUGAGAGAGGGGUUGCCUUCCCCACCUGCAUUUCCGUCAACAACACUAUCUGCCAUUUCUCCCCGCUAGCAAGCGAUGAGACGGUCUUGGAAGAAGGUGAUAUCUUAAAAAUAGACAUGGGUUGCCAUAUAGAUGGGUUCAUUGCAGUUGUUGCUCACACCCAUGUCCUUCAACAAGGUCCAAUUACAGGCAAAGCAGCCGAUGUUAUUGCUGCGGCCAACACUGCAGCUGAGGUGGCUCUGAGGCUUGUAAGACCUGGAAAAAAGAACAAAGAUGUAACAGAAGCAAUUCAGAAGGUUGCGGCUGCAUAUGAUUGCAAAAUCGUGGAAGGCGUGCUAAGUCACCAGCUGAAGCAGUUUGUGAUAGAUGGGAACAAGGUGAUUUUAAGUGUCUCAAAUCCAGAGACAAGAGUCGAUGAGGCUGAAUUCGAGGAGAAUGAGGUUUAUGCCGUUGACAUUGUCACAAGCACUGGAGAGGGAAAGCCUAAGUUGUUAGAUGAGAAACAAACAACUGUAUAUAAGAGAGCAGUGGACAGGAACUAUCACUUGAAAAUGAAGGCAUCUAGGUUUAUUUUCAGCGAAAUAAGCCAGAACUUCCCGAUCAUGCCAUUUUCUGCAAGGGCUCUAGAAGAGAAAAGAGCUCGACUAGGAUUGGUGGAAUGUGUGAAUCACGAUCUUCUGCAGCCAUACCCAGUCCUCCAUGAAAAGCCUGGCGACUUUGUUGCUCAUAUCAAGUUCACAGUCCUGCUAAUGCCGAAUGGUUCGGACCGAAUAACAUCCCACCCCUUGCAGGAGCUACAGCCCACAAAAACGGUGGAUGACCCCGAGAUCAAGGCAUGGUUGGCUUUGGGCACUAAGACCAAGAAGAAGGGUGGAGGCAAAAAGAAAAAAGGGAAGAAGGGCAACAAGACGGAAACUACGGAAGCGGAGCCAAUGGAUACAUCAACAAAGGAUGCUGAAUCCCAAGAAUGAACAUCUCUUUUUCUUUUUUGUCACUUCACAGAAUUCUUCCUUGUUUAACUCUCAAUUUUGUUUCAACUCUAAGAUUAAGAUCUACUGUAUCUGCUUGACUGUGAAUUGAUCUUAAUAUAGUGGUUUCAACAUCAGUGAUGCUCGAAGACAAUGUUUGGUUUUGAGUUCUCA